CUUCUCUCUUCGGCGACAGUUUGCGUUCGACAAUGGUCAGGUGAAGAUGUGAUUCGACGCCCUGAUGACGUAAAAAAGUAGGAAAGAUGUUACCCAAAAUGAGAAAAGGGACUUCAAUUCCGCUUUUCAGAGUGGAGAUCGCUUUGUUUAUAGUGUUAAGUGCCAUAUCCGUGACGAAAUCCCAGUUCCGUAACGACCAGGACCAAGAAUACUAUCGCUACAACAGAGACUACCCAGGAUACACGACCCCGCAUUCUGUCCGCUCGCAAUACAACAGCGGCGACACCUACUACGGCACAGACCGUCGAUACGACACUCGCUUCGACGACCCGACUCGAGUUCGGGGCUUCGACAACCGCUACCAAGAGCAGAGCUUUCGGUAUGGAGAGGACCAAGGUCGUUAUGGGUCGAAUCGCUAUGACGCGAGGGGGCGGGAGCGACCGGGGUACGAUGGGCGACCCUUUGACUCGCGCAAUAUCAACGGAAAGCUUGGGGUCCUCGAUCACUGGCGACCAGACCUGCAAGGGCAACAGCGGCCGUCCGAAACUCCCGGCAUCAACCUCCCCCUGGCGGACCUCUUCGUCACCACCGACAGCGGGAAGGUGCAGGGCUUCUACGUGUACCUGUAAACGACGACC